CGGGCGGGUAUACCGAGGGUCUCUCCCGGGGCUGCUUCCGCUUCGCACUUCCAGGUCGCGGCCUGUUGCCGUCUCCAUGGAGACGGUGCACCUCGGCCAACCGCGAGCCACUUCCGCUGACGUCAACACCGACACGUGGAUCCAAGAUGGCGGCGUCAGGGAUGCUGGAAAGGCUCACGUGUCCGGUGCUGCUGCUGCUGAUGUGCCAUGGGGUGAGCUGCUUCUAUGUCCCAGGCGUCGCACCCAUCAACUUCCACAGAAAGGCUCCUGUAGAAAUCAAGGCUGUGAAGCUCACCAGUUCACGCACCCAGUUACCUUACGAAUAUUAUUCCUUGCCAUUCUGCCAGCCUCGCAAAAUCACCUAUAAAGCUGAAAAUCUGGGCGAGGUCCUCCGAGGGGACCGGAUUGUCAACACUCCGUUCCAGGUUUUCAUGAACGUUGAGAAGAAGUGUGAGGUGUUGUGCGACGUUCCCAACAAGCCAGUCCUGCUGACAAAGGCGCAGAGCCAGCUGAUUGCCGAGCGGAUCCAGGAGGAUUACUACGUCCACCUCAUCGCUGACAACCUGCCUGUGGCGACACGGCUGGAGUUCUACUCAAACCGCGAGGAGGAAGAGAAGAACAAGGAGAAAGAUGUACAGUUCGAGCAUGGCUAUCGGCUCGGGUUCGUGGACAGCAGUAAGUUCUACCUGCACAACCACCUCUCCUUCAUCCUUUACUACCACAGAGAGGAUGUGGAGGAGAACCAAGAGCCGACCUACAGAGUGGUUCGUUUUGAAGUUGUUCCUCAGAGUAUUAAGCUUACGGAUCUGAAGCCUGACGAGAAGGGCACAUGCACCUUGCCUGAAGCUGCUGGCUCAGCUCCUCAGGAGAUUGAUCCCACCAAGGAAAACCAGCUGCUCUUCACCUACUCUGUGCACUGGGAGGAAAGUGACAUUAAAUGGGCAUCUCGCUGGGACACCUACCUCACGAUGAGUGACGUGCAGAUACAUUGGUUCUCCAUCAUCAACUCUGUGGUGGUUGUCUUCUUCCUUUCCGGUAUUCUCAGCAUGAUCAUCAUCCGGACGCUCCGAAAGGAUAUUGCCAACUACAACAAGGAAGAUGACAUUGAAGACACCAUGGAGGAGUCGGGGUGGAAGCUGGUGCACGGUGACGUCUUCAGGCCGCCUCAGUAUCCCAUGAUCCUCAGCUCCCUCUUGGGCUCUGGGAUCCAGCUCUUUUGCAUGAUCCUGAUUGUUAUCUUUGUGGCCAUGCUGGGGAUGCUGUCUCCCUCAAGCCGGGGUGCCCUGAUGACCACCGCCUGCUUCCUCUUCAUGUUCAUGGGGGUUUUUGGUGGUUUCUCCGCUGGCCGGUUAUAUCGGACACUGAAAGGCCAUCGGUGGAAGAAAGGGGCUUUUUGUACAGCCACCCUGUACCCAGGAGUCGUCUUUGGGAUUUGCUUCAUCCUGAACUGUUUCAUCUGGGGCAAACACUCGUCAGGAGCGGUCCCUUUCCCCACCAUGGUGGCUCUCCUUUGCAUGUGGUUUGGCAUCUCCUUGCCCCUGGUCUACCUAGGCUACUACUUCGGAUUUCGCAAGCAGCCAUACGACAAUCCCGUGCGGACCAAUCAGAUCCCAAGGCAGAUCCCGGAGCAGCGGUGGUACAUGAACAGAUUUGUCGGGAUUUUGAUGGCUGGCAUUUUGCCCUUCGGAGCCAUGUUCAUCGAACUCUUCUUCAUCUUCAGCGCAAUUUGGGAGAACCAGUUCUACUACCUUUUUGGCUUCCUCUUCUUGGUGUUCAUUAUCCUUGUGGUCUCCUGCUCCCAGAUCAGCAUCGUCAUGGUGUACUUCCAGCUCUGUGCUGAGGAUUAUCGAUGGUGGUGGAGGACUUUCUUAGUGUCUGGAGGAUCUGCCUUCUAUGUCUUGAUUUAUGCAAUCUUCUACUUUGUGAAUAAGCUGGACAUUGUCGAGUUCAUUCCCUCCUUGCUGUACUUUGGCUACACAGCUCUCAUGGUGCUGUCCUUCUGGCUCCUGACGGGGACCAUUGGCUUCUAUGCAGCCUACAUGUUUGUCCGCAAGAUCUAUGCUGCUGUGAAAAUAGACUGACUAUCUGCUGACGCAAUACAGCACAAAGCAGCCAUCUUCUCAGUUUCCUCCUAGGAAGGAAGUGGGGAACACUCUCUCCAGUUUCCCCCAAGGAAACAAACCAUGGCGGGAGUGGGACACAAGAAAUAAAAUAGUUCAACUUUUGGAAUGUAAUCUUUGGCACAAUGUCCGUGGAAUCUGGGGGUCUCCUGGUGGGGAAGGGUGUGUAGAUACUUUGCAUUUUAAAUUUAUCCUAUUCCGGUUAUAAGGGAUUUCUUUAUUUCUUUCAAGCUGAGAAGCAUCGCUCAACGAAUGAUUUUUUAGGGUCUCUUGUCUUAAUUCAUUUUCUAUGCCACAAUAAUGCGAGACUGCAAUGGAUACAGGUUUGUGAAACAGGUAUUGAGUUGAGGAAGGGUCCUCCUUCAGUUUUUGUGGAGUCGGCUUUGCCUGUGCUUGGAAAAAGACAACAGGAGUUGUGGUCUCCAGAGACAAGAGAGUGGAGUUGUCUCUUCCUAGACAAGACCUGCUCUAGUUCCAGCAAUUGUCCAUUCCAGUUCUAUGGAGAUGCCAUUUCAAGCUGAGCAAGUGCAGUUUCUCAUGGGGGGGGCCUUCCAACUGUGACCUGCCCUGCCUCUCCCACCCCUUCGAUGCCAGGUCUGUGAUCUGCUGGAGGCUUUAGCUGAGACAGCAACAGCUUAUCUUGUCAAGAUAAUGUGCUUCGAAUGAUGAUUAGAGGAUGAAGUGGAAAUAAUGCCUGUUGGAAGGAGGAGAAUGUGCCUGCAGCCUUGUCAAAAGGGCCUGAAAACCAGCGAAGGCUACUUAGAAAUCAUGGAGGAAUUCUGGAGAAACUUCAACCUUCCCAGUAACUCUUGGAUUCAGCUGGUUAGAGAACCUGUCCAAACUCACUCGGCUGUUCAUGUGCCAAGGAAUCCAAGGUUCAGAUGCUGGGAACUUCUGCUGUAAUGUGCAGGAGAGGAAAGGCAACUAGAUGAGUGUGGGGGGGCUCCCCCCACCCCCAAAAAGAAUGAUUUGUUUCUCUAUUUCUACCAACACAUCUCCCUUGCAGUCUUGGCUGACUCAUAUUCUCCACCCCCCCAGUCCAGUUCCGUCCAUUCAGAAGCAGCAUUUUGCAUAUCAGUACUUUUAUUCAACUUCUGCAUAAACUGUGUGUAUGGUCAGUGAGCAGCUUCAGGGCCCCCGGCUUUUCCCUAUACUAGGAAUGAAAAUGGUAAAGGGGGAUUUACUGUCAUUGUAAAGACUGUACCAGCAAAAGUUAGUCUUAACUAAAAACAAAAUUUCAGUCUCCUCUCCCCCCCCCCCCCCACAACAUUACAUGUACUGUGUUAGGCAUUGUCUGUAUAGGAUAUAAGCUAACUGUACUCCAGUUACUGGGAGAUGUGUUUUUGAAAUCUCCUUUUGAAAAGCAAAAAAUUUCCUGCGUGAUCAGAAUUAAAGUUGAUUUGACUCUUCAAUUUCAUUUUUAGUAGUAUUUUUAAUUAUGGCAUGAGCUAGUUUCAAGUUACAAUUUUUUUUGCCAGAUCUAAAGCUCAGUUCCCACAGUCAUUUUUACUGAAGUAAUUUCAUCCAAAGGUCAGACAUCUCUGUAAAUUCUUCCUUCUUACAAACAAAUCCUUGUGGCAAAACAGAAUACCAUGCCGGGGGGGGGGGGAGGCCACUUUAAUUUUCUGUGGAAGAGAUCUAUGGAUGUCUCUUUUUGAGAGCACAUUUAAAGGAACUAGGCAUGCAUUUUUUAAAGGCAUGGUAAGACCUCCAUUUUAUUUAAAACAAAGCAAGCCACCCUCUAAAUUUAUCCUAAGAUGACUGCAAGGAAGGAUUCUAGGGUUCCCUAUGAGUGUAAACAAAAUACAAGUCUGCAAGAACAUGAAGACAGCUAGGAGGUGGUGGUGGUGGUGCUGCUGCCUGCCGCUUCAAAAGCUCCAGUCAUCUUCAAGAUCCUUCAUGCCAAAGCCACACUAGCCAAGAAUCAAGAUUCAACCAAGAGGAAGCGUGAAAUUUGUUACUUGUGCUGUGGAUUCCUUCAUGAACUCAGACUUGAACCAGCUUUAGGAUACUUGAAUGAACUUUAAUUUUAAUUCUCCCCCUUGCCCAGAUUCUUUUCCAGCCAGGCCUGCUGUAUCCCUCCACUAUACUCCUUGUAUUUUUUAAUGUAUUGUUUGAGCCCAAUUGUAAAUAAAUAUGCUAUUGUCCUGUU